AUGGUCGUUGGUCAACAAUUGUAUACUUCAAGUUUAAUUUUUGGGUAUUUACGAGACAUGAUUCAAAGAGAUAGAAGUCGUCAAAGUUUGCCACCGAAAUUGUCUGGUCUUAACAAUGAUGCUUACCGUACAGCAUUCCAAGCAUUUUUGGACCGCCGUCGCAAUCCAGCGGAUCCAGGAUUCAUCAACAAUACCCCAGAAAAAGGCCGUACAGAUAACACAUCAAUUUUGUGGAAAAAAAACUACGAAAACACAGCCAAGAAUAUUGAUGAGAGUGAAUUUUCAUCGGACUUGGUGACAAUCUGUGAAAUUCCAUACGCAUCUCCGUCAGAAAUAUUUGAAAUAGGCUGGGUAGCUGGUACCGAGGACCACAACAUUGAGGUGUUAUACGCCGAGUGGCAUAAUGUAAAAGUCUCAUUACGCAGACAUCUAAAUGGUGAGUGUAAGAAUGCUAUAAAAGCUGACAUAAAAAUUCUCAGUGAAAUAAGGCAUCCAAAUAUUGUGCUACUGAUGGGUACAACGCACACUGUUCAUCACAAUAUCGCUGCUGUUUGUGAACCGAUUGAUUGUACACUCCACCACUAUCUCCACGAGCAGUUUCAACAGAUUCCUAUCCAAGAGAUCGUUAAAAACACAGAACAGCUCGCCGCAGCUUUGAAGUACGUCCACAUGCGAGGAUACGUUCAUUCUGCUAUUAAUUCACACUCUGUCUUCCUGACAUCAAAUGGAGUUAUCAAGCUCGGUGGCUGGGAGCUUGCUGUAGAUAUUAAUAAAAUUACUGUCGAUGCACGCAAGUAUGAAGAUUGCUUGAGAGCUGAGAUAUUUAGAUGGCAAGCACCAGAGCUUUUUAACCGUCAGAAACCCACCACGGCUACUGAUGUUUAUGGACUGGCGCUACUUGUCUGGGAAAUGGCUACGAUGAGUGAACCUUGGGCGGAUUUAAAUAAAGAAGAGCUUGAACAUCAGUAUCUUCAAUUAAAGCGAGGUAUAAUGACUCGUAAUAGUCACUUUCCUCCCCAGCUUCAAAAUUUACUGGAAACUGGAUUGCAAUUGGACGUUAACAAAAGGACAUUUGAUAUGAUGAAGAUGAGCCGGUAUUUGCAGAGACUUGAGAUGCAGUACGAAAACCAAAAGCCGCUUUAUGUUGAUCAGUCUUUGGUUAAUACCAAUACAAUUAAUGAUUACAGUUAUUUGUCUGAAUCUUCGAUAAUUACUUCCAAUAUCUCACCAAAUAAUCUUCGGUCUAUAUCAAUUACUUCGAAUAAUCCGCAACAAGUAAUUGUUAAUCUUAAAACACCUGACGCGCAAAAAAUUUCAGUUAAUCAGCUGAAAUCUCCAGAAAAAAUUUCAGUUCAACAGAAAACUCCUACGGCAAUUUCACGAAAAAACCAAGUUCAUCAAAGAACUCCGUUGAUCCAACAAAAAACUCCAUUGACUAAACAAUAUACUCCACUGACCCAUCAAAAAACUCCAGUAAUUAAAGAAAGAAAUUUAACUUCACUACAACAAAAAACGCCAGUUGAUAAAAAUUUUUCACCUCAACAAACUACUCCUGUGUCUAAAAAAAAAUUAGAAUCACGCAAACUAUUUGAAAAUAAUGAAAAUGUCCAAGAUCAGUCAUUCAAUAGUUCAAGCACUCAAAGUAUUGAUUGCAAUGAUAAUUCUGAAGUAAUUUUCACCCGUGAAUUCCAACAGACCCCAGUUCUACCACGCAGACCGACUUAUAAAGUAACUAUAGACGACUCAAUACCGGAAGACACGAUAGAAGAGCCUAGGCUUGAUCGAGCGAGAUUAAAACAAGUCUUAGCCGAUCGACGAAACUCAUUCUUCACAACUGACAUUUCACAAAUUAACAAUAAUCCAUUCCAAAGAUAUCAAGCCACAAGGGCACAAAUAAUAAACCAGGGAGCAAGCAAAGACUACGAGCCCUAUAAACCAGCAAGUCACAAGACCAGUAUUGAGCCCAAGAUGAAUUCGUCCACCGAGCACUCAAUUUUGUCUAAAGUAACACCUAGAAAAACUCCCAGGUCGCCUUACUCUUGCGUACCACCUCCGAUAAGAAACGCUGUAAUACAGCCUCAAAUUUUGAACAACAACUCUCAGAGUUUUUUUGAAUCGUCACUUUGGAGCAAAGAGAGGUCUCUAUGCGCUUCAAGAACUAAGUUUUAUGAUUCUUUAGAGGAGAAUAAAAAUUCUUCGCCUUCCAGUAAUGAGACUUUCACGGUUAAAAAUUCUCCUGAGAUUAUUAUGAGUAAUAAGAAUGGAAACCGAAAGCUAAUUGUUAAUAAAGGUGGUACUGAUGUAACUCUUAAUACUAUACCACGCUGUGGAUCACUGCAAGCGCUCAAAGAUACUUUGGAUCGUGUAACUGAUUUGGUAAAGUCUUCGACUCAUAUAAAUAAUUCGUCAUCGCAGUCGCUGACGUCGUCUGAGAAUUUCAAAGACUUUGAAAAAUUCGGUGAAACUCCUCACGAUGCUCUGCACUCUCCAGAGUCUGUUUUUGAGGAGCUUUAUAAAUUGAAUGACAAUGUUGAUGAAGAAAUACGUCCGAUAGAGAGGUCUGUUAGUGCUGGUACUUUUACAAUGGAGAUUGAAAAAUUUUACAGUAACAGUGAUGAAGAUUUGAAAAAUCAACAGGUUGUAGAGAGUUCUGAGCAACGUCCAUCUCCAACUUUGAUUGAAGUACAAACUGCUCUUCAGUGUGGAAUUCCCAUUCGUACUUGCCAUGAGUAUGUAGAAUUUACCAGACACGAGAAGAAAAUUGAAAGUGGUAGACUUAAGAUCAAUGACUCUAACUCCAACUCUGAUGAUUUAAAGGAAAAAAAUUUUAAGUCUGGUAAUGACAAGGAUAAUUUUGAGCUGUUCGGUGAUCAUUUACAGAAAAAUAAUGAGUAUAUUUCUUACUCAGAAAUAACUUUAUCUCGCAGACGGUCAUUACCGCCUGCUUUAUGUCAAUUGAGAAAUAAUGGGAGUAAUAUUACUAAAACUGAGUCACCGUUAGCUAAAGAAAUUAGUAAAAAAAUAGAUAUUGCUGAUGGGGCUGUUGAAGACUUUUAUAUUGACGAUGAGUUUUCUGAGAAUAUCCUUGCACCAAAUAUGCUUCUUUCUUACAGAAACUCAAUACUUGGUAAUUAA